GGCAAAUAUCAAACUGAUAUAACUGAAUAACACACAGCCAUCUUUACUACUAUAUAUAUGUGUCGGUAUGCUUUGAAAUAAUAGUCCAUUAAAUAAACCGGCGUAUGAGCUGAUAGUUAGAGUCCGCGAGUUGCCAAAGGCCAAAGGUUAAAUCUGUGAAAUAACAGGAGAAGUGGGGAUCACCUUGACAUGUCAUUCAAAUUUUAGUCAUGUUAGCCUGGUCGGUCCUCUGAUCACGUUGUUAAUUUCGUUAGCCGGUCUUCUGCACAACGUGUCGCAAAAAUGGGAGGAAAAUGGUCUAGUAUGGAUCCCUCGCAAAUCGAGGUUCCGGAAAUAGAAGCUCUUCUCAAAAGGGAUCCUUAUUUGAAGACAUACGAAAAUGACAUUCGUCGAAGAUAUGGUGUGUUCUUGGAUUAUGUUGAAAAAAUAGAAGCAGGAGAUAGAGAUUUAAAACAGUUUACAAGGGGAUAUGAGAGCUUUGGAAUUCAUAUUCGAGAUGAUAAUAGUGUUGUUGCAAAAGAAUGGGCACCUGGUGCACAAGAAGUAUUUUUAACUGGAGAUUUCAAUAAUUGGAAUAGAACUGCUACACCAUAUAAAAAACUGGAGUUUGGAAAAUGGGAACUACAUUUGCCCCCAAAUGCAGAUGGCAGUUGUCCUUUGAAACAUUUGUCUGAAGUAAAGCUGAUUAUCAAAAAUCACAAUAAUGAGCUUCUUGAAAGACUGAGUCCUUGGGCAAAUUAUGUGACUCCGCCAGAGAAUAAGUCCGAAGGGACUACUUAUAAGCAACGUAUCUGGCAUCCGCCUUCAAACAAUGUGUAUAAGUUCAAGCAUCCUAAACCAAAGAGACCAAACAGUCUCAGAAUUUACGAAUGUCACGUAGGAAUAGCUACGCAGGAAUUGCGAGUUGGUACCUACUUGGAAUUUGCUAAAGAUAUAGUACCAAGAAUAGUGAAACAGGGAUACAACACGAUACAAUUGAUGGCGAUCAUGGAGCACGCUUAUUAUGCCAGUUUUGGAUAUCAGGUGACUUCCUUUUACGCGGCUUCGUCUCGUUAUGGAACUCCAGAAGAAUUGAAGGAGUUGAUAGACGUGGCGCAUCAGCACGGUCUCUUUGUUUUGUUAGAUGUGGUGCACUCGCACGCAUCUAAAAAUACUUUGGACGGACUGAACAUGUUCGAUGGUACAGACGCGUGUUUCUUCCACAGCGGCAGCCGUGGCGAGCACCCGCUGUGGGACAGCAGAUUGUUCAAUUACGCUGAAUACGAAGUACUUCGAUUCCUACUGUCUAAUCUGCGUUGGUACAGCGAAGAGUACAAAUUCGAUGGAUUCAGAUUCGAUGGCGUUACAUCAAUGUUAUAUCAUUCGAGAGGCUUGGGACAAGGUUUUAGCGGUCAUUACGACGAAUAUUACGGUCUAAACGUUGAUGUGGAGGGUGUGGUGUAUUUGAUGAUCGCUAAUCAUAUGUUGCACGAAAUAUAUCCCGAGAUGGUCACAAUUGCUGAAGAUGUCAGUGGAAUGCCAGGCGUUUGCAGGCCAGUUGCUGAAGGUGGUAUGGGAUUUGAUUACCGACUAGCCAUGGCUAUACCCGACAAGUGGAUUCAAUUGUUGAAGAAAUUCAAAGAUGAAGAUUGGAAAAUGGGUGAGAUUUGCUGGACGCUAUCUAAUCGAAGAUGGAUGGAGAAAGCGGUUGCUUAUUCCGAGUCUCACGACCAGGCUCUCGUGGGCGAUAAGACAAUUGCGUUCUGGCUUAUGGAUAAGGAGAUGUACACACACAUGAGCACACUGAGCGGGAACAGUGAUAUAAUCGAGCGUGGCAUCGCCCUCCAUAAUCUAAUCACGCUUAUCACACAUGCUUUGGGCGGCGAAGCUUAUCUAAACUUUAUUGGUAAUGAGUUCGGCCAUCCCGAGUGGCUAGAUUUUCCAAGAGUUGGAAAUGGGGAGAGUUUUCAUUAUGCCAGACGUCAGUGGAAUUUGGUAGACGACGAUAUGCUUAAAUACAAGUACAUGAACAAUUGGGAUCGCGCUGUAAAUACGCUUGAAGAAAAAUAUGGUUGGCUGCACGCUCAUCCCGGUUACGUAAGCUGGAAACACGAAGACGACAAGGUGAUUGUAUUUGAUCGAGCUGAUCUGACAUUCGUCUUUAACUUCCAUCCGUACAAAUCUUUUCCCGAUUACCCGAUAGGUAUAAAAAAUCCAGGAACGUACAAGGUCGUUCUGUGCAGUGACGAUGAACAAUUCGGAGGUCAACGUCGCGUAGACAAGAACGUGAAGCAUUUUACGCAAUCAGAGCCGUUUUCUGCGUACUCGCACAAAAUGAUGAUCUACAUUCCAUGUCGCACAGCUAUAGUUUACGCACAAGAUGAUAGAUAAUAUGUUAGCCGGAAAUUCAUCCAAAGAAGUCUUCCAAAAGAAUUUUUAUACUUGAAGACUACGUAAAUACAAAAAAAUAUUUUAUUUUUGUAAAAUA